GCGCCGCCAUCUUUACGCCACUGUCACCGGUGGCUCUUCGAAUCAGCGGAGCCGCGGUGCAGUAGCUGAUCCACCGAGCAGCCGACUACCUUCCCUGCCUGUUUCCCACCGGGAAGCCACGACCAGCCGAGCGCCAUGGCGGAACGAGAAGAGUGCGUGUACCAGGCACAGCUCGCCGAACAAGCCGAGAGAUACGACGAAAUGGUGGAGUUGAUGAAGAAAGUGGCCAGUAUGGACGGUUAUCUGAACGUGGAGGAGAGGAACCUGCUGUCGGUAGCGUACAAGAACGUGAUCGGAGCCAGAAGAGCCUCCUGGAGGAUAAUCAGCAGCCUUGAACAGAAAGAAGAAUCUAAAGGCGCGGAGGACAAACUCAAGAUGAUCAAAGAAUACGGAAAAACAAUCGAGAAAGAGCUGAAGGCAAUCUGCAACGACAUUCUGGACGUGCUGGACAAGCACCUCAUCUUAGGGGCGAAAAAUGGAGAAUCUAAGGUUUUCUACUACAAAAUGAAGGGAGAUUACCACAGGUACCUUUCAGAGUUUGCCACAGGCAACGACCGGAAGGAGGCAGCAGAGAACAGCUUGGUAGCGUACAAGGCGGCUAGUGACAUCGCCAUGAUCGAACUCCCUCCAACGCACCCCAUUCGUCUGGGAUUGGCCCUGAACUUCUCAGUUUUCUAUUACGAAAUCCUCAACUCACCAGACCGUGCUUGCAGGCUGGCGAAGGAAGCUUUCGACAGCGCAAUUUCCGAACUGGACACGCUGAGCGAGGACAGCUAUAAGGACUCUACACUCAUCAUGCAGCUGCUACGUGACAACUUGACACUAUGGACCUCGGACGUGCAGGGAGAUGCUGAAGAACAGAACAAAGAACCAGUGCCAGAAGUGGUGGACGAGCCCCCCCCAGAGUGAACAACACAAGACAAGCCCUCCUCUUCCUCUUCCUCCUCCCUGGUUUCAACCCCCCCCGGCCCUCGCUCCUGUCCCCAGCCACCGGUUUUCAACUGGGUUUAUACUGCAGCCCACUCUCUCUCUCCCUUUUCCUCCAUUUCCACCCAUCUGUCACACCUGCUCCCAGUAUGCACGUCAUCUCCCAGUUCCCUCAGGAUCCUCUCCCAGGGGCUCAACCUUUAUUUUUCCUUUUCUUUUUGGAUGACUCGUCUGUAAUCCUUAAAGGUUCAUGUCCUCUUUACUUUUUGCGGUUUUUAUUUUUGCUUGACUUUGAUCUAUCUUCUGUUGCCAAGUAUGCCUGCCUGUAUUUGUAACACACAUGUGUGCGAGUGUAUUUAAAGACGGAACUUUGCCGUUCAACUUUGUUUUUGUUCCUGCGUGUGUGUGUUUUAUGAAUUCAUCGUCCAUGCUUCUGUCGGUUUUGCAAAUUGCUGAAAUAAAGCGGUGAUGGAAGGUUUCAAAGGGACGUGUUAAAGCUUUUAGGAAGAACUAAGUGCCCUGUUUACUUCGUGGUUACCCCACCUGCUCCUUUAACACAUCAAUGGAUCCUUUUUUUUAAACGACAAACAGCAGAAUCCCCCCCCCCCCCCCCCCCCCGUCUCCCCCAUCUUCAAGCAUCACUCUGACCUCUGCUCUCGUCCACUCUCGGACCAAGUAUCGUGCUGCGAGGCUGGAGCUCUUUUGCUAAUGGCAGAUAGUUAGGUAAUGGCUUUUUAGCAGUUUGUGUGUAUGUGUGCGUGGGAGGGGAAUGCUCUACACUCUUGAUUGUAACGUAAUGCACUAUAUUAUAAAACAAAACAAAAAAGGUUUGGGAAAUAGAGGCCUGCUGUAUCUUUACUCCCCUGACUCUUCCAGGUUUCCUCUUCUCAUCUCUCUUUCCUCUUUUCCUUCUGUUCAGUUUGUGUAACGUGAAUCUGAUUUGUACUACUGGAUAUUCUCACCGGAGCCACAAGUACCAUCUGUAUUCUUACUGAAGCGCAGCAUGGAAUUAACAUUAAACUUCAAAUUUGAAAAAUUAAAAAAUGAUUUCAAAACA